UCUAGUAAAGUAAAGUAAAGCAAUUAUGCUAUAUGUUUUGUAUGUAUAGUUUAUGUAGCAUUGGUCAUCACAUCAAUACCUUAGAGGUUAGGGCUAAGUCGAAACAAAAUACACACAACUUUAGAUUUUCAAUUUUAUUAUAAUUAAUAUGUAGCGAGUUAAAACGAUUAAGUUAUCGAUUAUUUUAACACAUUUUUAUUUGUGUUGAAAAAUUAGAUGUGGCUAUUGAUCAUCAAUCUUCAUUUUUCCCGCGCAGCUUGUAAAGAUUGCGCGCUAUAAUCGGCUUGUCAAAACAGCGUCUCGAGACGCUUUGUUUUUUUAGAAUGUUUUUUUUUAUUUUCUAGUGAAUUGUGGAUAUGUUGUUAUUGAAGAACGUUAGAAGACAAUUAUUGAAAGAGUGAUUUUGCUUCGAAAUAUUAGAAAACGAAUAGAAUCUAAGAAAUGUGCAUUAUAUGGUAUUAAUUUACGGAAUUUAAGUGGAGUGCAUCACAAAGUUUUUUCUUUAAAAAUAGUGUUAACAAUUAUUAUUUUGUAAAAGUAAAAAACUUACUUAAACAUAUUAAAAGUUUUUGAGAAUUGCUGGUCUGAUAUUUGAAUGUAUUAUUUUAUAAAGGAUGAAUCGAGAUGUGCAAUACUGAUAAAGUUUAUCAAUUGUGCAAUUAGAUAUUGAUAUAUGUAUUAUAAGCCUAUGUAAUAGAAUAGUUCAGUUUUUAUUUGUUUAUAAAAUAAUAGUUUAUGAUGGAUUCCUUCGCUACCCUAAAACGUGAAGGGAAUGAACUUGAGGUAACAGGUAUUUCAAGGAGUGGCAGAGUACGCAAGAAGUCAUCAAAACUUAUGGAUUUUGAAUCUUCAAGCAAUGUAACUGAAAGCAAAGUUAAAAAAUUGAAAUUACAGAAUACAUACGACCAAAGUAGAAAGAAAAAAUCAGAAGUGCAACAGCCUUCAUCACCAGUUCCUCAAGUUACUCAUACUAUUCAUGUAGCUCAAAUACAUCAUCCACCUUCGAAUAAGAUAUCCAUACCAUCUCCCAAAAAUAGCCCAAAACUUCCACCAGUGACAUUACAAAAGAAGAAAAAAAUCGAAUCAAGUUCUGACUAUGAAACGCAAUCACAAUCCACAAAUUCUGAUUCUGAUGAUGAUGAAGCUGGUAAAAAGCUACAUAUUGCUGAAUAUUCUACUAGUAAAGUGUCAAAUUUAAGCUUUGAUACUUUGGAACCAGCAGAUGAUGAAAUAAUAUCCAUCAAAAAGUCUACAGCAACUCCAAAAAAAAUAAAGAAAAAAGUUAAUCCUCCUAAAGUACUUCCCAAACCUACUAAGCCGAAGGAAAUAAGUUCACCAAAAUCUAAAACAAGAUAUACCGCCUACAUGUUAUGGUCUAAAGAAAUGAGACAACAAUUAUUACAAGAAUCUCCUUCAAUGGAUUUCACAGCUAUAUCAAAAAGAUUAGGAGAAUUAUGGGCUACAGUGCCUAACAUGGAAAAAUAUAAUUGGAGUAAUCGUGCCAAACGUCUUUCUGAAAAAAUAAAUGGAUUAACACCUACAAAAAAAUUUAUUUCUAAAGCCAACCCAACCAAAACUUUGUCACCUGAUUCUCCAAAAAAAAAAUCAGAAGGUAUUCUGCAGUUAGAUGCUAAGAAAAUGUCACCAUCUCAGAUUGUUAGAAAUAGCAAAGAUGCAAUACGCGAUCCAAGUAAAGAAAUGAAAAUUUUCAGAGCUGUUGAACUUCAACCCAUUGAUGUAGCUGCCUAUUUAAAAUUAUUGGGUGAAAGUUUAACAGUGAUCGGUGAAAGAUUGAAAGAACAUAAUGGACAAAUAACAGUUUCUGGAAGUCUUUCGGUGCUAUUGGAUUCACUACUGUGUGCUCUUGGUAGUUUGAUGUGUCUUACACAACAGGUUCCAGCUAUUGGUACUCAAAACUCUAAUUCUUUAUCAAAAACUUUGGAAAACAUUGCAUACAUAAUGCCUGGACUGUAAAAGAUUAUGUUGAGAAUUAUAUAAUUUGUAUGUAUUAAUAGUGAAAAUUAUCUUUUUGAUUGCUCGUUUAUUAGUGCAUACUUUAUUUAAAUCAAAAUCAUGUCAUUUACUUUUAUAGUAAAACUUAUUUGUUUGAUCAGUACUUAUUAAUUUGAAAGUACUGUAUAUAUAUUUAUAUUUCUUUUUAAAAAUGCAAUUCAAAUAAUGUUAGUUUUAAAUAGUCUGAUAUUUUUAUUAGGUAAUAUGAAAUCAACUUUGAAUAUGAAAUUUUAAAUUGCAACCUAGAUUAUAUUUAAAUAUUACAUUUAGGGGAGUGCUGAAUGAGUUAUUACCCUGUACAAUCUUUUACAAAGUAUAUAAUUUCAGUCUGUAUAGAAAACAUAUUUUGGCUAUUUGAGAUUCCUAAUCCAAAUAUCUAAUUUGAUAAACAGUUUUUUAAAUGUGCAACAAUUAUUUUAUGAUAUCUGUGUUUUUGUAAUUUGUUUUUAUAAUACUGAAAGACAGUAUCUUCUGAAAAUUACUUUUUAAUAAAAAUACAGUGAUAGAAAUUUCAGAAAGUUAGGCAAUUUUAAAAGUAAAACAAUGCACAAAUAAAAAUUGUACCACAGAAAAUGUUGUGACUUGUUAAGUUUUGAAAAUCCAUUGUCAAAAAUGUUCAAGCGGUUUGUGCUCCCCUUUGUUUAUAUCGGGAAUAUUCGCAAUAAUAUUUAUUUGGGCUAAACUUGGAGUUACUCUAAAAUUUUAUAUAAUAAUAAAAGAGUGCAAAAAAAUUGUAGAUGUUUUUUUUUGAAUAAAUCGAUUUUUCCAAAGACAUCUGUUUUUUCAAACAAUAUUUCACGAAUUAUUAAAUACUUUGGUUUUUUUAAAUCCAAAUCUCUGUAAUAUUAUAACGC